UUGUUAAUUCAAGAUGCUUGGAACAAAUGUGAAAACCAAACAAAGAGAACAAAAGAAUUGACUCACAGGCAUUUUAACAGCACUUCGGGGAGAUGAACCUCUGCUGGAACGAGAUCAAGAAGAAAUCUCAAAAUAUCAGGGCUCGGCUGGAAGCGCUCUCAGAUCACAGUGGCAAGCUGCAGCUGUCCUUGCAGGAGAUCAUUGACUGGUUGACUGUGAAAGACGAGGAGCUGUCCGAGCAGCUGCCCUUCACUGGGGACAUUGGCGCAGUGCAGCGCUACAAUGAAUUCCACUCGGCUUUCAUGGAAGAUGUAAAGACAAAGGGACCAUUCAUACUGGCAACUUUGGAGUCGGCUCAAGCAUUUCUAUCCCAGCAUCCUCUUGAGGAGACAGAGGAACCAACACCCGAUAAAGAUAUGUCACCAAAGCAAAGAAUCCAGAACUUGAGUCGAUACAUUUGGAAGCAGGCUAAUGUGUCAAGUGAAAUGUGGGAAAAACUGAGUGCUCGUUGCAUUGACCGGCACAGGCACAUCGAAAGAACAAUGGAGAGACUUUUGGAGCUCCAAAGUGCCAUGGAAGAGAUUAGUCUUGCCUUGGAUCAGGCUGAAGCUGUUAGAGAUUCCUGGGAGCCUGUGGGAGAUCUCUUCAUUGAUUCAUUGCAGGAGCAUAUUGAUGCAACUAAGGUAUUCAAAGAUGAACUUGGAGGCAUGAAAGACGGCAUGAAAAUAGCCAACGAUCUGGCUCAUCAGCUUGCAAUCUCAGACGUGCACCUUUCCACAGAAAAUGCCCAGCGUCUGGAGGAACUGACAUCAAGGUGGAAGAUCUUGCAGACAUCCAUAGAAGAACGGCUUAAGCAGCUUCAAGAUGCCCACCGUGACUUUGGUCCAGGGUCCCAACACUUUUUAUCCACUUCUGUCCAGAUUCCAUGGGAGAGGGCCAUCUCACCAAACAAAGUACCAUACUACAUCAAUCACCAGGGACAAACCACAUGCUGGGAUCACCCAAAAAUGACCGAAUUGUACCAGUCACUGGCUGCUCUGAAUAACAUCAAAUUCUCAGCUUAUCGAACCGCCAUGAAGCUGAGACGUGUGCAGAAGGCACUUCGCUUGGAUCUGUUAAGCAUAAACAGUGCCUCGGAUAUCUUCAGUCAAUACAAACUACAACAGAGUGACCAGACAAUCGAUGUUCUGGAAAUCAUCCAGUGCCUCACCACAAUGUACGAUCACCUCGAACAGGAGCGUGGAAUCAUUGUAAACGUGCCUCUCUCUGUGGACAUGUGUCUUAACUGGCUUCUCAAUGUUUAUGACAAUGGUCGCAAUGGCAAGAUUCGAGCAUUGUCCUUCAAAACUGGAAUUAUAACCCUGUGCAAUGCAGAGGUGGAAGAGAAAUAUCAGUACUUGUACAAGCAAGUGAGCAACUCAACCAAUCUGUGUGAUCAGCGACACCUCAGCCUUCUCCUGCAUGAAGCCAUUCAGAUCCCCCGCCAGCUGGGCGAGGUGGCUUCAUUUGGAGGGAGCAACGUGGAGCCCAGUGUCAGGAGCUGCUUCCGGUUUGUUAAUGAGGAACCAGUAAUUGAGGUCACACAUUUCUUGGAAUGGAUGCGAUUGGAACCCCAGUCAAUGGUCUGGCUGCCAGUCCUGCAUCGUUUAGUAACUGCUGAAGCUGCAAAACACCAAGCCAAAUGUCACGUCUGCAAACAAUGCCCAAUCAAAGGCUUCAGGUACCGCAGUCUGAAGCAGUUUAACGUUGACAUCUGUCAAACAUGUUUCUUGACAGGAAGGGCAAGCAAGGGUCACAAACUGCACUAUCCCAUCAUGGAGUACUGUGCUCCUACAACAUCAGGAGAGAACGUGCGAGACUUUGCAAAAACGUUGAAAAACAAGUUCCGAACCAAACAGUACUUCAGCAAACACCCGCAGAGAGGUUACCUACCUGUCCAAUCAUUGAUGGAAGGGGACAACAUUGACACGCCUGCCACAUCUCCAGUGUUGCCGCAUGCAGAUACACACUCCAGGAUUGAACAUUAUGCCAGCAGGCUUGCAGAAAUGGAAAGUAAAAACUGUUCUUUCUUCAGUGGCAGCCUCUCGCCUGAUGAAAGUGUAGAUGAUGAGCAGUUGGUGGUUCAGUAUUUCAGCCCUGAGACAGAUCAAGAUUCUCCUCAAAAUCCAGCUCACAGUCCAAACCAGCUCUUGGGUGCUCUGGACACGGAAGAGAAGACAGAACUUGAGGCCAUUAUUGGACACCUUGAAAACGAGAAUAGAAUUUUGCAGGAAGAAUAUAGGCGACUGAAAUGGAAGCACGAAGAAGCAGCGUUGUCCUCCUCUGUACAGGACAGGUCACCCAGCUCCCCUCUGAGCUCUCAGGACACCGAGCUUCUUGCUGAAGCACGGUUGCUCCGACAGCAUAAAUCCCGACUGGAGACCAGGAUGCAGAUCUUGGAAGAUCACAAUAAACAACUGGAAUCUCAACUCGGGAGACUCCGGGAGCUGUUACUACAGCCACAACAAGAAACUGAGAAAAAUGGAUCACCGACCUCUUCUGCUUCCUCAGUUUCCCAAAAUCCUGAUACCAACCAGCAAGAAAAAAGUGAUGGAAGCAGCCCAAAUUCGGAGAGAACAGGUGGAACAGACAGUCAAUGUAUUUCCCAAGAUAUGGUGUUGCAUUUGGAAGAUGUAAUGGAAAAGCUUAGAAACUCAUUUCCUUCCCCCAAAGGUGAAUCUGCCAAUCACUUAAGGAAAAAACAGAAAUGAUGGAAGGCAUCUGAAUGAAUCCCUUGCUGGAACUGGCUCACCUUCACAGAACCUCAAAUGUUAAAGCAUAGCCCCAGUACCGGGUCUCACCAUUUUGGUUCUGCAAGCUCUGAAGGAGAUACAGAGGACUUGGAUUUAAUGGUAUCUCAAUUAUCCAAUUAAUACCUAAUCUAUUUGAGUCCAGUAUUCCAGAACAUCCAACUCUGAGACAACCAAAGCAAAGAAAGAUAAUUGUCUUUUAUUUCUUGAGUCACCUAAAAGCCACUUACAGUCCUAAUAUAAACAUGACCUUAUAGUUGAAGUUGCUAAUGAGAUAAUAUUUCAACAGUACAAGUAGGAAUUGUUGAACAGGGAAUAUUUUGGGGAAAUGUGUGAGGCAACAGGAUAUGUUGUUGAUAUUGAAUAAGUUAGACAAUUUUAUCUAGAAUUUAUGAUUCACAAUUUGAUGUAUGAACACAAAGGUGUAAUAAUUUUCAUUAUGCAGUUUGAAGUUGAAGUUAGUAUUUCCUGAUGUUCACAGAAUUACUAUUCAUUUGUGAAGCAUCUAGUCCAAUAUAUAAGAUUUCAGAUCUGACCUGGGAAUAAACAUAGGUAAAGAUUUUGGCAGAAGUACCUGAGUGGAUUUUCUGUUCUGGAAACCAUCAAAUGGGGUAGUUAAUAGAUAUAAUUAAAGCAGAAGUUGAUGGGGUUCUUGCUUAGCUGGGACAUCAAAGAUUACAGGGAGAAGGCAGGAGAAUGGGGUUGAGAGGGAUAAUAAAUCAGCCAUGAUGGAAUGACAUAGGAACAGAUUUGACCAGGCCGGUUGUCUAACUCUGUUCCUAUGUCUUAUGGUCUAAUGGUCUAAAUGACUAGGGCAGAAUCUAAAUUGAGAGCAGGUUUGAUGAGAAAAGUUGUAGAAGGCUUUCAAUAAAAGGUUAAAGAUUUCAUUCAUCAGUUUAAAAGUAUAUUCAUAAAACUCUAAAUGUAUCAAAAAGAAUACAUUCUAGUUGUGAGAUCUCAUUUCCAAAGGAUGAAAUAUGAAAAAGAACACUAACUGUAAUUUCAACACUUGAAAAUGUACUUAAUAAUUUAUUGCAACAAGCUCCUAAAUUCAUUACUGAGCUUACAGUAUUUAGAAAAGAGAGCUUCUACUUCUUUUUACCUGGUCAUAAAAAAAGAGUAUUGAUCUUGGUGUUCGGGAAUUAAAGUAUCCUUAAGUUUGAAAGGUAGGAUGUGUCUUUGGGAUGCAACAACAUUAGUAAAGUGCAUUUGUGAGUAUAGUGAGAAAAGAAAUUUCAAGGCAUCUUUCUGCUGAAUAUGGUACCACAGAUUAGAAUUUUCCCUUUGGAUCUUGAAUUGGUAACAGAAUAUUGAAUGUUAUCUUUCGAAUACAAGGUGCAGAGCAAUCUCAAGGAAGCACAUCAUGUGGCAGAGUUGUUUUUAGGAGAUAUAAAAUUAAAGAUAUAAUGUACCUUUGGAGUUUAGAAGGGAUUAUGCAUUAAACAGAUUAGAAAGUAGCUUCUGGAAUCUUGUAAUGUGUGGACCUAAGUGAUGUCUUUGGAUUUUUGCAGAACAGAUAAAAAUGUUCCUUAAACAUAAUUGACAGUAUAGUCACGACCUCUUCAGGAUAAAAUGGAAUUAUAUUUCAAAUGAUGCAAUCUGGAGUGUUAAAGCAAAUAAAGUUUGAUGCUAUCCUUGGAAAAAUAGAAAUUAUAUUUGGAACAUUGCAAAAUCAAGCUCAAAGAUAUAUCAAGGGUCAGAAGGUGGCUUUGAAAUAUUCUGAAACUGAAAGGUUAGGAUAGACUGAAAUAAGUUUUUGGCAUAUCAUAAAACUAAACAGAUUGAUCUUGGCUGAAUAUUAGAAGGGUCCUAUGCUUUGAGAAUUAUAAAAUAAAAAUAAAACUGAAUUGUUCUUUAGUACGUUGUGAGAUGGGAGGUUGAAGGUGUUUGAACGUCGAGCACAGAGUUUACAGACUGUCUUUCAAAAUCUGUAGGACUGAAGUUUGAAAGAUAUUUUUUGAGAUGCUAUAAAGCUGAAGUUUAAAAGUGUUUUUAUGUACACAGUAGGAUGUAAAAUAGAAUAGAAGGAGCUUUGAGAUGUUACAUUUUGAAAGAUUAAGAGGUUCUUAAGAAGGCGCUGGGACAAUGUUAAAAUGUGAUUUGAGAUGUCACAGGAUGGAAGAUUAGAAAUUGCACUUGGGACAUUAUGACAUGAAAAUGCUAAUAUGUGCUUGGGAUCUUUAUUAUACACGUAUCCAUGUGAUGGAAUUUUUCUAAAAGCCUGUGAUUGUGUUUCAGUAAAAGCCUCAAGUAAAACACAUAAAAAUUAAGCACACAAUAACUUUCAGGAUACCUAUGAUCUACCAGAUGAUUCAUGUUUGAAAUAUCCUGAGUGCUAUGCAACAUUUUCAAUCCGAAAAUGUGAAAUCAGACAGAAUAAAACCUCUCCUUUCUGACUUGAGCUGCUUACAAAACAAAAAAAAAUCACUUGCUGGUGAGGAAUUUUCCAAAGCUGUGUGGCUGAGAUUCCACCACAGAUAGAAUAUCAAUGAAUUUACAUUGUGUGCAAUAUUGGCUUUAGAUGUGGAAAUUGCAAUGCCAAAAAUGUGUUAUUCUUCUUGUAAGACCAGGAACAUGAGGAAACAAUUAACGUAACAAUUUCUUUUCCUUUUCUAUUGUAAUUAUUUGUGCUCAACAAACUUUGAACAUGUUUUCUUACGCUGUGAAAUUACCACAUAUGAGAUAUUUCACUCAAUGAUCCUCAAAAUAAUAUUUAAUAUCUUUUUGUCAGCAUUAAUAAUUUAACAAAUAUUUCUUAUUCAGCAAAUUUCAAUUUAAAUCAACGAGCCAAAUUUCAGUGAGAAGAUGGUCUCAGCUUAAGCGUUGAGAUGGAUCCACUCUAGCAUUGACCUAACCACAGUUUGAAUGAUCUGGUAUAAGCACCAAAAUCACAAUGUGAAGAAUGAGUUCCCACAGCAACUACAUAUGUGUCGAGCCACUAAUAAUGUGGUUGACUUUCCACAGUGUGUGGCCUAAUGAGGAGAAUACCUAAUCCCCAGUGCCCUACCGACUGUUUCUCUCUGGCUUUUUGUGAGAAAAUCUAAAUAUGUUACACUCAGCUUUUGAGAGUCUGGUUCACCUCCCUUCUACAAUGCUCAGGUACCAGAAGGCCUUGGUGUGGAGGAGUUGACAGGCACUAACCCUGUCUGCUCUUUCAGCAGUAACAUUUCUGGAGCUGGAUGGAGGUCCUGUCCUCACAGGGGCAGAAUCCACUGAAUUCUCACCCUUCCUCAACAAUCCCACUGCAGUUCCAGCUGAAAUAUCCUAAAAUGGGCGAUAGAUGUCUACCCCAAAUAUCUCAAACCUCAUGCAUGAAACGCAUUUAGGAUGGAAAAGCUACCAACUCAUGCAACUAUAUACAACUAAACCUUGGUUUCCUCAGCAGUGAAUACUACUGAUUAAAAUGUCAUUGUAGUUCUGUUGCAUGUGAAUCACAUCUUAUCCUCCUCACUUUGUUUUCUGCCCUUUAACUUCAAUUAGAUUUGCCAAUCAUCCCCUUUCAGAACUCAUAGUAUAUUUGGAAUUCCCGUGAAUUGGUUUACCUGGUUGGCCACCACAUCACACAACUUAGAUGGAGUGAUGGUGAUAAUCCUGGCAGGCCAUUUUCUGUGGAUACUGGUUUAAUACUGGUACUGUCAAAGGCUCCUCCUAGCCAAUGAAAGGGCUCAUAUCUGCAGUUGACAUAAGCACAUGCCAUCUUUGCCAUAUAGCCAUUUUCUUCCAAGAUUGUGAUUGUCUGUGAUUCCUUUCUGAAACAUUUAAUUUCUCCCAAUAAAAACGUCUUCAGUUUUCUUCUAGGAGUAAUGGUCAUGUAGUUUUAAUCAUCUUUUUGAAUGGGCCAUUUGAAAAUUUUCUAAAGUACAACCUGAAAAAUAGAUUCACUUUUUUUAAGAAAAGUUUAUUUUUAAUGCUUAAUUUAUCUUCAUUACUAAUAAGUAACUUUCAGAACUCAAACCAUCAUUACAAAACUGACCCACCUCUACCUGGUCAUUUCUGUCUGAAAUGCGACUUGGAUAAAAAGAGAUCUGUCACUUGCUGGUGCUUGCAUUGGUCAAAAUUUAACAUUAAUUAGAAGGAAUAUGCCUUAUUUGCAUUUAGUUCUAACAGCCUUUGCCUGCCUCUGCGGCUACUUGUACGUGUGGAGAAAACGUCAGGAAGGAGAGCUAAGAAAGGAAACCGUCUUUUGUAUUAUUACUUUUUUUUUAAUUAAUCAACUCAA